CUAACUGAACGGGAGAGAGGGUUGUUUGCAGCUCUAGUCUUGCACGAACAAAAAGGUACACACAAAGAACCCGAAGCCAAAGAGAAAAACCUUACGGACCAAGAGCCUUUAACCCAAGAAGAAAACCCUCAAGAAGAGAACCAGGAUGUUAAGAAUUUGAUUUUAGAGCUUGAACAACGAAUUAAGGUGCUUGAAGAAGAGAACAAUGUCAUGAAAGUUGAAAUUGAAGAUAGGGACAAGAAGAUCCAAGAAAGGGAUCUGUUGAUUGUUGAGUUACGCCAGAAUGUAGAAUCCCUUCAACAUGAGCUUUCAGGUUAUAGAAAACAAAAUGCAGAUUAUACAGAUAUUGAAAAAGAAACUUGUAGUCUGCAUGUUGAGGUGGAGAUGUUGAAGGAAGACAUAAUCGAAAAUGAGGUUGAAAUAGGCGGGUUGUAUGUUGAGAAGGACAUAGCGGAAGAAAAAAUUGAAGAGGUGACAGAAGAGUUGCAUGACAUUGCAGCACAUUGUGUUUCCCAACAUUACAAAGAUCAGAAGAUAAUUGAAGAGUUGCAGAAACAAAAAAAUAGCUUGUCUGAACAAAAACAAAGCGAGAAUGUGCACCAUCAUGAAUCUCCAAUUCAUGAUGAAGAAGUGACUGAGGAAGAAAUAGACCAAAUGAUCAAGUCCACAAUCUCAAGCAUUCAAGCAGAACCACAACAAACAACGAAGAAGAGAUUGAGGAAAGGUCAUACUGUGGACCCAUCGUCGUUGACAAAGAGAGUGAGUAAGAGGGAAGAUAGGAAAGGGAAGAACAUGGAGGAUUUUCAAGUCUAUGGGAAGAAGAAAAGCACAGAGAAACAAGCAGAGAAAGCAUCUCCAGAACUACCAUAUAUGGGUGUUGAAACAACAAAGCUGGCACAUCUUGUCCCAGAAAAUGACAAGAUCUUCUUAAAUCACAUAUUUGAGUGUGAGAAAGACAUCAGAAUCCCUAUCUGGGAUAACAACCUCUUUGAUGGUACAGUAAGCUUGCAAGAAGUCAUAGAAAUCUUGAAUGAAAAAGAUGUACAAAACACGAGCCUACUGAAGGACCAGAAAAAUGAGGUCAGAAAGAUGUUCCUUGAUGACAAGCUGCUAGAACUCAUUCAAAAACAGCAUGCCUAUCGCUACUUGGUUUUCCCCAUGAAUUCCUCAGGAGGUAAUAAAGAGAACGACAACGAUCCAUACCAUUGGACUGUCCUGGUUUAUGACAUUGAGGAUGGGCAAUGGAGGCAUUACAACUCCAUCAGACCAACUGGAAGAAAGGCAGAUGCAUACCUUAAAGAUGCUCGUUUAAUGAAAAGGUAUGUUGAAGGAUUCGUGAAGAAAAAUCAUACCCCAACAUUCAUCCUCUCAUCACAAAACGAAACAAUCUUUGAAAAGCAAAAGUUUGAUGCUCCAAUAAUCUCACCUGCAUCUCCGCAACAAAGACCUGGAACUGUUGACUGUGGAAUUAUAGUUUGCUACAUCAUUGACAAGCUUGCACACGGAGAAAGCAUCCCUGAGUCAUCGACAACUGAUGAAAUCAGAGAAUACAGAGUGUUAUUGUUGAUGAGGUUCCUGUAUGAUGAACCAAGAACAUGGACAGAAGCUCUUUGGAAAGACCGAAACUUGAAGACUGACUAG